UAGAAAGUUUCCGAUAGAAGAGGAGGCGCUGUCUCGCUGUAGCAGUUUCACUUGCUUCUCUUUGCAGCCCCUGCUUUGUUUUCUUCUUUCUUAAACUUUUUGUUCUUCUUCUCGUUGCUGUUUGGCUUUCUUUUGCUCGUGUCUUUUGUUCUUUGCUUGCUUUGCGAACAGUAACAAAAAUGACAGCUGCUGUUGUGGCCCGAGUCCUGGCUGCUCCCGGGAGGCUGUUCCCGUGGUUGCCAGGGAAACCAAACAGGCUGGGGCCUGGUGCGGUAAGGGGAAGCCUAGGGUGGCCCUGCAGCCCUCCCCCGCUUUGCUUAAUCGUUAACCUGGGGAAGGAAGGGAGGAGCUUCCCCCUCGUCGCAAGCAGUUGCAGGGGCUUCUCCUCCACCACCAGCAGGGGCCAUGUCAGUGUGCUGAGCUCUUCCUGCAGUCAGACUCCUUUCGGAAGCCGUGUUACGAGCAGAGCUGCUGUCUCCCUUUACUCCGUUGCCCGCUGUGCUUUCUGCAGUUCUGAGUCAUCGUCGUCAGGCAGCAGCAGCAGCAGCAGAGAAAGCCAUAGAAAAAUGUCAUCUAGCCCGAUUCCUGUCAAGCAGAAAGCCAAGGCUCCGUUCAGGAAGAGGGCCAGCCUGCAGAACACAGCCUCCCCUGAGCAGCGAGGCACUCCCUGUUUAUACCCUCUCACCUCCCAGAGAUCACUCCCUGGGUCCUGCCUGUCCCUCAGGCACAUCGACCUGCGCACCUCCAUGGACGGGAAGUACAAGGAGAUCGCAGAGGAGCUGUUCUCGCGCACGAUGGCGGACAGCGAGAUGCGCAGCGCCCCUUACGAGUUUCCGGAGGACAGUCCCAUCGAGAAGCUGGAGGAGCGCAGGCAACGUCUGGAGAGACAGAUCAGCCAGGAUGUGAAAUUAGAGCCAGAGAUUCUGCUCAGAGCCAAGCAAGACUUCAUGAAAAUCGACAGCGCCACUGACCUAGAGUACUUCAAUGAGCAAAGUGACACUUGCUUGGAUCACUUCCCUAAGGAGAGGGACCUCCCUCUGGAGCGCGAGUUCCAGCGCGUCACUAUAUCCGGGGAGGAGAUGUGUGGGGUCCCGUUCACAGACCUGCUGGACGCUGCAAAGUGCAUCGUCAAGGCCCUGUUUAUCCGGGAGAAGUACAUGGCUCGCUCCAUGCAGAAUUUCUGCAGGACCACGGCACGCUUCCUGCGGCAGCUGGGCGAGAAGCCGCUGGGCCUGAGCGUGUACGACGAGGUCCCCGAGACGCCCGUCGCUGCAGAUGCUCCUGUGCACCCCCCUGUGUCGACGACACACCCCUACGAAAACUGGGACCCCAACACCAUGCCCCCCGACAUGGGCUUUGGCUGCAAGAUGGUGGACGGGGUCAUGCACGUCUACAGCAAGUCCAGCCAGAUGGAUAAGAGCUCCGAGCUGGACCUGCCCUACACUGAUCUUCAGGAGUACAUCGCUGACAUGAACGUGCUGAUGGCUUUAAUCAUCAACGGACCUGUGAAGUCGUUCUGUUACCGCCGGCUGCAGUACCUGAGCUCCAAGUUCCAGAUGCACAUCCUGCUGAACGAGAUGAAGGAGCUGGCCGCGCAGAAGAAGGUGCCACACCGAGACUUCUACAACAUUCGCAAGGUGGACACUCACAUCCACGCCUCGUCCUGCAUGAACCAGAAGCACCUCCUGCGCUUCAUCAAGAGGGCCAUGAAGAAGUACCCCGAGGACAUCGUGCACGUGGAGCAGGGCAAGGGCCAGACCCUGUCCGAGGUGUUUGAGAGCAUGAACCUGACCGCCUUCGACCUGAGCGUGGACACCCUGGACAUGCACGCGGAUCGCAACACUUUCCACCGCUUCGAUAAAUUCAACGCCAAGUACAACCCGAUCGGAGAGUCAAUUCUCAGGGAGAUCUUCAUCAAGACAGACAACUACAUCGAGGGCAAGUACUUCGGACACAUCAUCAAGGAGGUGAUGGAGGACCUGGAGGAAAGCAAAUACCAGAAUGUGGAGCUGCGCCUGUCCAUCUACGGCCGCUCUCGGGAUGAGUGGGACAGUCUGGCCAAGUGGGCGGUCAAGCACAAGGUGCACUCGGACAACGUGCGCUGGCUUGUGCAGGUGCCCCGCCUCUUUGAUGUCUACCGCACCAAGAAACAGCUGGCCAACUUCCAGGAGAUGCUGGAGAACAUCUUCCUGCCUCUGUUUGAGGCAACGAUCAACCCCCAGAGCCACCCGGAGCUGCACCUCUUCCUGCAGCACGUGGACGGGUUUGACAGCGUGGACGACGAGUCCAAACCAGAACACCACAUCUUCAACUUGGACAGCCCCCUGCCGGUCAACUGGACAGUGGAGGACAACCCCCCCUACUCCUACUACCUGUACUACAUGUAUGCCAACAUGACGGUCCUCAACCACCUGCGCAGGAGGCGGGGUUUCCACAUGUUUGUGCUCCGCCCUCACUGCGGGGAGGCGGGGCCUAUCCACCAUCUCAUCUCCGGGUUCAUGCUGUCGGAGAACAUCUCCCACGGAUUGCUGCUGCGCAAGGCUCCAGUGCUGCAGUACCUCUACUACCUGGCUCAGAUCGGGAUCGCCAUGUCGCCGCUUAGCAACAACAGCCUCUUCCUGAGUUACCAUAGAAACCCCCUCCCAGAAUACCUCUCCCGAGGUCUCAUGGUGUCGCUCUCCACCGACGACCCGCUCCAGUUCCACUUCACCAAGGAGCCUCUGAUGGAGGAGUACAGCAUCGCCGCUCAGGUGUGGAAGCUGAGCUCCUGUGACAUGUGUGAGCUGGCUAGAAACAGCGUGCUAAUGAGCGGCUUCUCACACAAGGUGAAGAGUUACUGGCUGGGCCCCAACUACUACAAGGAGGGUCCUGAAGGGAACGACAUCCGACGCACCAACGUGCCGGAUAUCCGUCUGGGGUAUCGCAACGAGACCAUGUGCGAGGAGCUGAACCUGAUCACACAGGCCGUGCGGACAGAGGAGCUGGAGAGCAUCGAGGAGGAGGAGGACUCCCUGUCCAUGGCACCGCUGCCCGGGGCACGAUAAGCACAGGAAACUCCCCUGCCUCCCGGGCAGCACAGCACGACCAUGGCCCUGUCACAGUCCAGGGUCCUUUUCAGUUUAGCUUGUAUAUCAAAGUAAAAACGUGUUGACUCUACUCGCAGAGCCAAGUCGGGCCUGUCGCUUCCUUUUUCUAGUCUACCCCGCUCCUCGCUCAAACAGCCGGCUGCGUUUUUGCAAAGUUCUUGUGCAGCUGUGUAAUUACGAGACAGCAUUGAGUUGCAGGACGCAGUCGGGCACUGUGUGACUAGGGCACGCUUCAUUCCCUUUCGGUUUAGGGUGGGUCUGAAGAGUGAGCCUUUGUUUACAAUUUACAACAACCGUACCUGUACUACACAUGUAGCAAAAAAGCAUCAAGAGGAAGACAAGGUCAAGCCUCAGGACUUGCACCCCCCUCAGCCCUGGGUCCCUGCCGUCUGUACCCAGGAUUCUGAACAGAUAGGGCUGCUGUACAGUCCACUCACACUGCCAAGAGUGAAGGCUCAUGGUGAACUGGCUUCAGAUGCCACUGCCAGGUAGAAACCUGCAGUGUGAGAUACGCAGCUGGUACAGUUUGGGAGCUUGAAAGAAGCCCCGUCCUGUACAUUGCUGCCCCAGCUUUUAAAUCUAUAAAAAGAGCAGUAUUUUAUUUUUGGUUUUUGGAGGUACUAAUAGGUGUGUUUUAAAAUAGGGGAUACAGUUGCUAGAAACAGAAUCUGUUCAGUUUUAUGCAGGCUGUCAUUUAUUUUACAUUUCUCAGCAGUAAAGUUGCAGUGGGCUUUUUAAAGUCCCAUUAUUGUGUGCUUGAAAGGCAGUAUUUUAAGUGAGCAAGUGUGUUACCCUUUCAUAUACACUACGACACAGCGGCUAGAACCGACUUCACUGUGUCAUUGUAUUAACUAUAGACACAAGAGUAUACAAAACCAGCCCUUGAAGAAACUGUGAGACUCUGCCACACUAUAUACAUAUAUAUAAUUUAAAAAAAAUAAAAUUCUAUAAUUCUAAAGCUGUUAAUUGCAAAAACCACAUGGCUUGUUUUUACCUUGCUGAGUCUGAUUCUGUUUCGCUUCGUUAUUUCAGACAGACGUGAUAAAUGUCGUUAAUUGCUCACCGCUGAUCCUAAUUGCAUUUCGUUCUUGCGGUCGCCGAGUUUGCCUUGUGCUUUUGUUAUUUUCCCUCGUUUUAACAGCGUUCUCCUGACAGAUUGUCUUUUCAGCAUGAAAUACCCGGUCCGGAGUGCACACUGAUAGCAAGCCCAGCAUUUUAAAAUCUCCUUGAUUUGUAGCAAAGAAAAAAUAUAUAUAUAUAUUAAACCCAGUCAUUAAAGUUUUAUUAGGAUGCAGAGAUAGCUUAACAAUGACUAAUUAACAUUUAAAGGGAGGUAGAGAUUUGGUAAAUAUUCCCUUGUGCUGAAGCCCCGCUUAGUGUCCUGAAACAGGCACUGUGGGUGUUAUUGUAUUUAUAUACGAUAAAGAAGCCCCUGGCAUGACAGCCAGCAGAGUUUAUUUAAAGGGGACGCUGGGUAUAUGGAGUGUACACUAUAGAAGUGUAUUUUUUAAAAGGAGUGCUGAUUAUUAUGUAGAAGGAUUGUGAGGAAUCUCUCCUGUUUUUGAUCGUUUCUGAUGUAAUGUUUUUUCUGCUGCCUGCCUUCUUGUAUACAGGUCUCCUCCGCAUGGAGUUUUGCAUUAUCUCUGUAGCAUUAAAAAAUGUGUUCAAAGAAAAAAA